UUUUCUAGUGUCUUCUCGAUGUUUCUCAUGGUCUUCCAAUGUGCUUUCUGUGGGCGGGGGUGGAAAUCCGAAUACAUUAAACCGCGCUGGUGUUACUGUUGUCCAGGACGUGCUCAAAGUUGACAGUCUCAGAGCACUCGCACUUCGUUUUGUCAGUGUCAGACAGCGUGCUAAACGGACGCGUUGGUAGAUAUAUUGUCGGCGACCAUCUCAGAGUGAGAAUUCGAAAGUUGAGAAGGGUGUUUGUUAGUUUUGUUGGAUGCGUUCAGGUGAACUGAGUUUUUGUCAUUCUCAAAAAUUCUAAGGGAAGUCGAAGUAAGACCAUCAUGUCGGCAUCAGGCGGAGGUGAAGGACAAUCGACUGGAGCAAACAAUGCAAAUAAUAUACCAGCAAUUGGGUAUGAGGAACAUAACGUAACAGUUAAUCCUAAUCAACCUAGACAGCCUACGAAUUUACAGGACCUAUUAAGGUUUACUGCCGAAGCUGCGGGAAGUCAACACGACCCUAAUCGUAUGUUUAUGCCAAUGGAUGAAGAAAGACGUCAUUGGCUUGAAAAUACUUUGAAGAGCUUGACUGUCGAUGUAGUAGAGGAGUUACUGAAAGCAAUCGAAGUUCUGAAGGAAGCGGGAACCCUGGAACUGCAGGAUGAUCCGACAAAUUGUGAGAAUGCACUUGAAACUAUUUCAGAUUAUGUGGACAAUAUGGAUACAGCCAACGAUUUCCACAAAAUAGGAGGUUUUUGUAUAUUUCGUCCUUGUUUGGGUUCUGCCCACAGCAGUUUACGGUGGAGAGCUGCAGAAAUUAUUGCUGAAUUGACACAGAACAAUCCAUAUUGUCAAGAGAGAAUUCUUGAAGCACAACUGCUACCAGUUUUGUCCUCUCUUGUUGACAACGAUCCAAAUGAGCAAGUUAAAGUGAAAGCAUUAUAUGCCAUAUCCUGUUUAGUUAGAGAAAACAAAAAGGCUUUAAAAGAAUUUAAUGAGAAGAAUGGUUACUCAGUUAUUUUGAGAGCAAUGCAAAGUGACAUUGAAAAACUUAAAAUUAAGUCUGCUUUUCUUCUGAGCUCUUUGUGUUCACAAAAUGAGCAAAUUAAAGAUGAGUUAUGUGAAAUGGGAUUUGUUGUGCAGCUGGCUGGAAUGGUUACGGACUUCCACCAGCCUGUUCUUGAACAUCUUCUCUCUGCUCUCCUCAAUCUGGUCAGCAAUCACCCCAAAUCACAAAGUGAAUGCAGAAGACCUGAGUUGAAUCUUCAGGACACACUCGCUAAUCUUGUGCGCAACACUAGUGGGAAGGAUGAGUAUAUGGAAGAACAUGAUUAUGCUCAGCAACUUCUAUGUUUACUGUUUCAACCUGUAAUGGAAGAAGAACGUUAAAAGCUAAAGAUAGUUUCAGGCACUGUGCUGGUGUGUACUUACAGUGGCGUUUACCUUUUUUGUUGUAUAUAUCAAAAUUAUUUGGAAUAUUUAUUUGCAAAACUGUUUUAUUUUGAGUACAUUUUACUUGUAAAUAGUAUUUACACAUGUGACUCAGCUGUUCUUUGAAAGAGUAUUAAAACAUAGAAAAAUAUUUGUCUGUUGUUUUAUAUUUUUAUGCUGCUAAUAAAAUAUAUUAAUGCA